AAGAGACUGAAAGAGAGGAGAAGGAAGAUAUAUCACACAAGAUUGGCCUUGCAAAAGCAGUUCUGAGAGAGAUCCUGAUAUCUGGGUUUCCCCCUCCUUUGGUUUGAAGACAAUGUGGCGGGCCCUCAUGUAUCAGCUUGCUCUGAUUCCUCUCGUCCAGGCUCAAAAUGACUACUGCAGAACACACCGUACAUUCAGGGAGCCAGCCAACACUGACAUUAACGUCUACUGUGGCACAAAUCGCAUGGAGCUCCAUAUCUUGCUAUGUCCCGUCUACUUUGGUGGAUACAAUGAAACACUGAUGUCCCUCAACGCUCAGUACUUCAAGGGAGAGUGCCGGGGGACACCCGAUUGGACGGUCGACCCGCCUAUUCUGAAAUACAACUUCUCCAUCACAGAGGAGGCGGUGUCCGCCUGCAACAACAAAAUAAAGAUCACUCAGGAGGUGGGUUCUGGGCUCUUUGCGGAUUUCUCCAGCGUUCAGUUUGUCAACAUCUCGGGCAUGAUCAACUCUCUGGACCCCAGUGCGGGAACGAUCACCUACCGCCAGGAAAUGAUUUACAAAUUCUCCUGCCGCUAUCCACUCCAGUACUUGGUCAACAACACUGAGAUGACCGUGUCUGGGGUGAGCCUCGCAGUCAAAGACAGCAAUGGGAGUUUCAUCAGUACCCUGAGUAUGAUGCUCUACUCGGACAGGUUCUACACAACCCAGCUCAAGGUCCCUGAGGUAGGCUUGACGUUGAAGACACGCAUCUUUGUGGAGGUCAAGGCCACCAAUCUCACUGGAAGGUUCAACGUGUUGUUGGACCGAUGCUAUGCCACAACCAGUCCUUACCCCGUCAACAGCACUUAUUAUGACCUCUUUGUUGGGUGUAACCGGGAUGGCCAGACGGUGAUGGGGGUGAAUGGGCAACAGCAGGAAGCUCGUUUCUCGUUUGAGGCCUUCCGCUUCGUCCAGCACAAGAACAGGACGUUGUCCACUUUCUACCUGCACUGCUCUACCAGACUCUGUGAGAGGUCCGUCUGCACCUCCCUGCAACAGAACUGCACAGACAUCAGCUCAAGGAGGAAGCGGGAGGUCCAGGACACGUCUGUGACCGACACAGCCACAGUCAGCUCCGGCCCCAUCCGCACCCAAGUGGACAACGGUGAGCAACAACCACUGACCAUUCAUGACCAUCAUUCACAAAAACACAGAUCCUUGCAAGGUGUUGCCAUAGCAGCAGGGAUUGUUGGCGCGCUCUGUAUCUCCAUGGUAGCCUUCAUUGCGUACUGGAUCAUUGUGCCAAGGACCAUUGGGGCCACAGAGAAGAGAAUGCUCUUCACUACAAAAGAGUGACAGUUUCAGGGAAGGCUUUGCCCUGUUACUCUUAAGGUGGUUUCCUCUGUCCUAGUUCUUAUGAUCACUGACUUAAGUAGGUGGGUCAGUGACAGUGCAAUAACUUGAUGAAUAUAUCUGUAACCUGCACAUAUAGCACUGCAUGUUUAAAUUGUUUAUUUCCAUUUUAAAGGCAUCUUCUUUGUCUGGGGGUAAGGUCAAGUAUAAAUGGAUGCUAUUCCAUAUCUAUUAUCAUAAUACAAAAUGUCAAAUCAAACAUGACUACCUAGUUUGGUGUAUUAGUUUCAAGGGCUUCUUCGAUGCUGUCCAUCAAAUCAUAUUUAAAUGCAAAUUUUCUAUAACCUUUCUCUCAAUUUCCCAGUCUUUACAAAUACUGGUGUAUAAAACCACUCAAUAAAGUUUUUAAAAGUAAAAUAUAAUAAAUGGCCUGUUUUUCCAUGAUGUUUCAUAAUCUGU